GCAUCAAACAUUCUAGGCAGUUGGCAGUUGGUGGUUAAUUUCAUUUCUAUGCUAUGGGCAGUCUCAGCUUUGACGUCCAAGAAGGUGUUUCAAGAUUAAUCUCUGCGGCACCGCCAACCCAUUACAAUCUCAAAAUAAAUAACUUUUCCUCACUAGCAAAGAAUUCAAUAGAUAGAUAUGAAUCAGGGGAAUUCCAAGCAGGAGGCUACAAAUGGAAGUUGGUUGUGUACCCAAAUGGAAACAAGAAUAAGAAUGAGAAAGAACACGUUUCCGUUUACUUGGCAAUGGUAAAAGAAAAUUCGCUCCCGACCGGUUGGCAAGUGUAUGCUAAAUUCAGCUUGUUUCUGCUUGAUCAGAACAACGACAACUACAUCGUUCUUCGAUUGGAAAGGGAAAGGCGGUUUAACAGAUCGAAGCUUGAAUGGGGAUUUGAUAAAUUUAUCUCUCUUAAAGCUUUUAAUGAAGAAAGUAAUGGGUUUCUGGUGGAUGAUACUUGUGAAUUUGGGGCUGAAGUCUUUCUGAGCACAGGCAAAGGAGAGUGUCUGUCAAUGAGUAAGGAUGCCAUUAUGAACAAGCAUGUGUGGAGGGUUGAGAAUUUUUCUAAGUUAGUUGCAGCAGGCAAUGACUCCAUAACUUUCAACGCUGGAGAUCACACAUGGAAGAUAAAGCUGUAUCCCAGAGGAAAAGGCAAUGGAUUGGGCACUCAUCUUUCUCUUUAUUUGGCCCUCUCUAAUCCAACAACUCUGCCUCCUGGCACUAAAAUAUAUGCAAACUUCACCCUGCGCGUUCUAUGCCGCCUGGGUUCCGAAUACGAUCACUAUGCAAAAGUUAGUAAGUGGUUCAGUGCCUCAGAUUAUGAGCAUGGUUGGUCCAGAUUCAUGACACUGCCCUACUUCACCGGCUAUUUUCUGAUUACAGAUACUUGCACUGUUGAGGCAGAAGUUACCGUCCAUGGAGUUGCUGGCGCACUGUAAAUUAAACCAUAAGCUACUUUGUAUCAAACUUUAGCAAUAUAAAAAUAAUCUGUCUCUAAUAUAAUAUGAAGUUGGACUUGUCAAUUUAUAAUUAUUAUCAACUUUGUUUGAAUGUCUACUUUCAUAUAUAUACUUGGUUUGCUUACCAAAAACAUCAUCCAAUAUAUGAUUGAGAUACAGUUGAUAUAGAACCUCAGUUUAUUCAAACCUCAC